AUGGCGUCAAAUCCGGAUCUUACGACUCUUGAUGAAGUUGACCUUGGUGCCGUUACUUGGAUAUCGCAAUUGACCAAGACCUGUCACCGGAGUCUCUACCCUACCCUGGACCCCAGCGGAUCCCAUCUCUCAGCUGCUGGGAAAACAAUCCUCAUCACUGGUGUCUCUGGUGGUGUGGGUAGUGCUAUAGCUGAAGCUUGGACACUCGCUGGUGCAGAGGGUAUCGUGAUUGCAGCUCGACGACUCGACUUGCUACAAGACGUAGAGAAAAAGCUGAACGAGAUUGGCAAGGGAAAGACAAAGAUACUCGUUGUGCGUGCAGACAUUACUCGAGACGAGGAUGUCGCAGCGUUGUGGGAGCAAGCGGUCAAAUCAAUGGGGAGAAUCGAUGUUCUUGUCAAUAAUGCCGGUUCAUUGCAUCAAGCUCCUGCUGGAGAAAACGAGCCAGCAGCUUGGUGGCAAGACUUUGAAGUCAAUGUAAAAGCGGUCUACCUCAAUGUUCACCAGUUCCUCAAGCAAUCGCUCAACGACAAUGGCACUAUCAUCACCAUCACGACUAAUGUCCUUGGUGAAUGUAGUCCUGGCUUCUCGUCUUACACCUCCAGCAAGCUCGCCCAGGUCAAAUUCAUGGAGUUCCUACACGCUGACCUUCCUUCUGUCAUCUAG